UUCAUCAUCAAAAAUGGCGAGAAACGGAUAAAAAGUAUCCAAUUUGCCGCGAAGAAACGUAUUUUUUGUUUCCUUUCACAGUUGUUUCGACAGCUGCUGUGUGUUGACACGAUGUCGGGCGUUGAUGAUGAAGAGUCAACGCUUGCCUUGAUCUUAUACUACUGCCAGGAAAAAUACUACAAUCAUGCCGUAGAUGUUUCCAGUGAAGCUCAACGGAAAUUCAGCCAUGAUCCAAUCUUCACAUUCCUCCAUGCAUAUGGACUGCUCAUGCAAGAUCAAGUGCUGGAUGCCAUUCAAGAGUUGGAGCAGCUGAAGGAGAAGAGAGAUGUUUCUCUGUGUGCUCUCAUGGCUCUGGUUUAUGCCCACAAGAAAAGACCAAACCCUGAUCGUGAUGUGAUUCAGGAGUUGGAUGGAAGGGUGAAGGAGGAGAGGAAGACGGCGAGUCCUAAAGCGCUGUAUUACACUGGAUUGCUGCUUUGGCUGCUGGGUCGCAGUGAGAAAGCCAGAGAGUAUGUGGAUAGAAUGAUCAAGAUCUCCAGUGGAGCUAAAGAGGGAAUUGUACUGAAAGGAUGGAUCGAUCUGAAAUCUAAUAAAGAUGCUUAUGCCAAGAAAUCUGGGAAAUACUUUGAUGAGGCCUUGAAGGAGAAAAGUGACAUUUUUGCCCUGAUGGGAAAGGCACACUAUUAUGAAUUUCGUCAGAAUUAUUCUGGCACGUUAGAAACCAUUAACCAGGUGAUCGUGAGUUACCCAUCGUUUCUACCUGCCUUGGUGAAAAAGAUGACGCUGUUAUUGACACUACAGGACUGGGAACAAACUGUGGAUGCAGCUCAGAGGCUUCUUCAGAGAGAGAAAAAUAAUCUAGAGGCUCUGAGGAUGCUGGCUCUGCACUCGCUUUGCAGGGAGGGAGACAUCGGAGAGUCUGUAAACCAGCUAUCAAAUCUAAUCAGUAAUCUGGACAUUCAAGAACCGAACAAUCCAGAACUCUUCUACAGGAUGUCAUUAGCUUUCACUCGAGUGUGUGGGAGAGCAGAGAAAGUCCUUCAGCACACUCACAGGAUGGUGGAGCGGGCAUUUACUCAGGCAUCGGGCGACUCUGAGCUCGCCACAGAGAUGGGCUACCAACUGAUUCUACUGGGCAGAGUGAAAGAAGCCAUGAAAUGGUACAAGACAGCAAUGACUCUGGAUGAGAGCAGCGUCUCCGCUUUGAUAGGUAUCAUCAGGUGUCAGCUCAUGGAAGGACACAUUGAGGAUGCAGAACAACAGCUAGAAUUUCUAACAGAGAUUCAACAGUCCAUUGGCAAAUCAGGGGAGCUGUUUUAUCUGCGGGCCUUGUUGGCUGUGAAAAAGCGACGACCGCCAGACGAGGCAACCAAUCUGUUAAAUGAUGCGGUGGACACGCACUUUUCCGCUCUGCAGGGGCUGCCGCUCAGUGUUGAGUAUUUUGAGAAACUCAACCCCGACUUCCUGCUGGAGAUCGCCAAGGAAUAUUUGGCACUGUCUCCUGCCAAGUCCCCUGGUCUAGGCCAGCCUCCUGCGCCUCCGCUGCAGCACUGCACCUCUGUACUGGACACACUGGUCAAAGUCGUCCCUGGACUGCUGCAAGCCGUCUAUCUCAUGGCCAAAGUCCGUUUUUUGUCAGGUGAUAUCGAGGCAGCUCAGAGCAGUCUGCAGCACUGUUUGGAUCAGAACCCAGCUCAUGCUGAUGCUCAUCUCCUCAUGGCUCAGAUCCAUCUUAUGCAGGGCAACUUCAAACUCUCGUCCCAGUCUCUGGAACUCUGCCUCAGCCACAACUUUGAGAUCCGUGAGCAUCCUCUGUAUCACCUGGUCAAGGCUCAGGCUCAGAGGAAGAUGGGGCAGCUUCAGGAGGCCAUUCAAACGCUGCAGAUGGCCAUGAGUCUGUGUGCUGUGAAGAGAGCCGGUUCUUCAGCCAAACGGCAGAGUAAGAGAGCCGAGCUCAGCUCAGCAGACUGUGUGUCUGUGUUCCUGGAGCUAGCUGAAGCUCUUUGGCUCAAUGGAGAGCAGCACGAGGCAGCAAAAGUAAUGCAAGAUGCCAUAAAUGAGUUCAUGGGUACUCCGGAGGAGCUCCGAGUCACUAUCGCCAAUGCCGACCUCGCACUAAUGCGUGGCGAUGCUGAGCUGGCACUGAGCAUGCUCAGAAACAUCACACCAGAGCAGCCGUACUAUGUACAAGCCAGCGAAAAAAUGGCAGAUAUCUACCUGAACUACAGGAAAGAGAAACGCCUCUAUGUGAGCUGCUACAGGGAUUUGGUGGACAAGUUGCCAAGCCCUCAUACCUUUCUGUUGCUCGGUGAUGCCUACAUGAACAUUCAAGAGCCAGAGUUGGCCAUUGAGGUGUAUGAACAAGCCCUGAAGAAAAACCCUAAAGAUGGAGCUGUAGCCAGUAAGAUUGGGAAAGCACUUGUCAAGACCCACAACUAUGUAAAGGCGAUUAACUAUUACGAGGCAGCGCUGAAGAGCGGGCAGCAGAGUUUCCUGCGGUAUGAUCUUGCCGACCUGCUCCUGAAGCUCAGACAGUAUGAACGCUGUGAAAGAGUUCUGCAGGAGGCUCUCACACAUGAACCUGUGAAUGAACUGCCCCUGCUGACCGAAGACUGCCGGUAUCUUGUGCUGCUCGCCAAAGUCCAGAGCAGAGUUAACAAAAAUGACGAAGCUUUACUAUCCUUACAGAGAGCAAGAGAUGUCCAGGCAAAGGUUCUGAAGCGUGUUCAGAUGGAGCAGCCCGACUCUGCCACCGCGCAGAAGCAGCUCGCUGCGGAGAUCUGUGCCGAAAUCGCCAAACAGUGCAGCAGCCAGCGCGGCUACGAACGAGCCGUCAAGUUCUACAAAGAGGCGCUUGUGUACUGUGAAAGUGACAGCAAGGUGAUGUUGGAGCUGGCACAGGUAUAUCUGACUCUAGAUGAUGUUGAGGCCUGUCAGCAGCAGUGCAGUGCCAUUCUGAAGAAUGACCCUGUCAACGAGGCCGCCACACUGAUGAUGGCAGAUCUGAUGUUCAGGAAGCAGGACUAUGAACAGGCUGUGUUUCAUUUCCAACAGCUUCUAGAGAGAAAACCAGACAACUACCCCACGCUGUCACGCCUCAUCGAUCUGCUGCGCAGAGCUGGUAAACUGGAGGAGGUUUCACGGUUCCUAGAGAUGGCUGAGAAACACUCACCGAGGGCAAAGUUUGAACCUGGAUACAACUACUGCAAAGGGCUUUAUCUGUGGUACACCGGUGAACCUAACGAUGGGUUGCGUCACUUUAACAAAGCUCGUAAGGACAACGACUGGGGUCAGAAUGCUGUGUACAACAUGAUCGAGAUUUGCCUGAAUCCUGAUAAUGAGACUAUUGGAGGAGAGGUAUUUGAAAAUCUGGAUGGAGACAUGGGGAACUCUACAGAGAAGCAGGAGUCUGAGCAGCUGGCCGUGAGAACAGCAGAGAAGCUCUUAAAGGAGUUGAAGCCACAGACUCCUGCAGGACAUGUGCAGCUGCGUAUCCUGGAGAACUAUUGCUGUCUGGCCACCAAACAGAAAGCCAACAUAGAGCGAGCUCUCAAUGUGUUCAUCGAGAUCGCAAACAGUGAGAAAGAUUAUGUCCCUGCACUGCUGGCCAUGGCCACUGCCUACAUGAUCCUGAAGCAGACCCCUCGAGCCCGCAACCAGCUGAAACGCAUCGCCAAGAUGAACUGGAACAUCAUUGAUGCAGAUGAGUUUGAAAAGAGCUGGCUGCUGCUGGCCGACAUCUACAUCCAGUCAGGAAAAUAUGACAUGGCAGGAGAGCUUCUGAAGAGAUGUCUGCGCCACAACAAGUCCUGCUGCAAAGCGUAUGAGUACAUGGGCUACAUUAUGGAGAAAGAGCAGUCAUUCCGAGACGCUGCCUUAAAUUAUGAAAUGGCCUGGAAGUACAGCAAUCAAACCAACCCCACUAUUGGCUACAAGCUUGCAUUCAAUUACCUGAAGGCCAAAAGACACGUGGAUGCUAUAGAUGUAUGUCAUAAGGUCUUGGACGCACAUCCAAACUAUCCACGGAUAAGAAAAGACAUAUUGGACAAAGCAAGAGCAGCAUUAAGAUCAUGAUUUAAUCACCAAUGUGGAAUGUGAUUGUGCGUGCGUGAGUGAGUGAGUGAGUGAGUGAGUGUUGUUGCUUAAAUGUGAUUAUAUGUAUUAUUUUGCAUCAAGUGCUUUGAGUAUCAGUAUAAGACAUGUCUUGAUAUGACUACAUGCAGUGUUCGUUAUUAAAAACAAGCAUUAGUGGUGCAAUUAUUUUCAUUAAAAUGGACAAUGAAUGGAAUAAACAUUUAAAAAAUAGGUUAUAUCUUGCAAGUGAUUUCUUGUAGACCUGUAGAUGUAAAAGGGACUGUAAGCAAUUCAGAGCUCUCCCUUCAAAACCCCGCCCUCCAAAGACAGGUCAGCCAAUCCGCUGUUAGCAAAGCUGAAUUUGCUAAAUGAGUAUUUCUGAUUGGCAGAAUGAGGGAUUUUUUAUUUAUUUAUGGAUUUUUUAUUAUUAAUAAGCCUAGUUCUGUCACAGAGACAGGACAUAUAUUUCAGUAACAUCUGUCAGGUAGGGACAUUUUAUGUGUGGCAAUCUACAAAAUAGUUUACAGCACCUUUAAAAUCAAAAUCUGAUUUUUUUAAAAUAAUUACAUCUAUCACACAUAUACAGUGCAAUUCUUCUUUUCACAUAUCCCAGCCAAGCUGGGGUCAGCCAUGAUAUGGCACCCCUGGAGCUGAUAGGGUCAAGGGCCCAACAGUGGCAUCUUGGUGGUGCUGGGGCUUGAACUCCCAACCUCCUGAUCAGUAACCCAGAGCUUUAACCACUGAGCCACCACUGCCCCUUUUUUAAAAAAAAAUCCUCCUUUAAUAAUAGUGACUUCUCACCACUCAGACGCAAAUGUCAAAU